AUGAGGGUAACUUUGAAUAAAAUAAUCCAAAAGGAAAUCGUUUUUACUAGUGAAGGUUUAGACAAAUUCCAAUCGACUACUGGAGCACCUCAAAAUCAGAUGAAUAAAAUGACCAAUUUCAUUAGAAGUUUUGCCGGAAGAAAAUCUAUUCCAAAAAAUUAUAAACAACAUAUGCGUGAAAAAUCUAAUUCAGUGAAAGAUAUUUAUGAAAACGCUAUUUGCCCUUUUGAAGCCAAAGAAGGUAUGGUUAAUAGACCUGUUGUAUAUGCUAAUACAACAAAUCUUAUUAACGCAAUAUUUGAGAGACGGAAUCAAACUGCAACAUCAACGUAUCCUUGCCCUUACUAUUUCAUCACUUUAAGCGAAUUGCACACUUUUGGAAAAGUGACUGUUGAUGCCGAUAAAGAGGAAUCUAUGGAAAUUGACGAUAAUAUAAUUGUGAAAACAUUCAAAAAUUUAAAAGAUGAUUACAAUAAAUUUAAAUGUUUUGGCAAAGAUAAAAAGUAUGCUAAGGAAUCCCACAGUACAGUCAAUAUGCCUCUCUUUUUUUAUGAAAAAGAAUCGGAGUAUAAAGAUGUCGUCAAUGAUGAAGCAGAAGAUGACAUGAACGUGUACGUUCUUCAGAAAUGUGUUUUGCCUGAACUUCAUCUGUUACAAGGAUUUACAAACCACCUAUUCUGGAAUGGCAUAGUUCCUGCUGUAGGACGUGAGAAGGCUCUGAUUUGGCCAUCAAAAUUGAAGUUUGUAGCAAAAAAUUAUCAGGGUGAAAUUUUUGAGGGUAAUGCCUGCCGAAAACUUCUGCAAGAAUCGGAUAAAUUGCUUGAUCCUGAAAUUUACGAACAUGUUGGUCCGUCAAGUUACAGCCAUACGUCGCUGCUUUUAAGACGCAUCGUGCAGAUAUUACCGAUUUAG